UCCCCAACACUGGUCUCGCACUGCCCCAGAAAGUUUCGUCUUUCGCCGAUAACCUAGUCGAUCAUCCACAAUUUCGUCUCCAUUAACGUUAAAUUUUCGAUGGAGUUUGGGGUUCAUGGUGAUGUUAAUGGUGGCAUCCUCUUGAAUUCGGUGCAAGUGGAGGGUAGUAGUAGCAUGGACAAUGAAAAUGAAACAGGUGAAAAUCCUAUUGAAGGAGUUCUCCAACAUGGUCUGAAUGACAAGUUGGAUCGAACUUCUCCGGAAUGUGGCGACUUCCCAGAGGUUGCUCCGGCUGAUGAGCCUUAUGAGGGUCAAGAGUUUGAAUCUGAGACAGCUGCACAUGCGUUUUAUAAUGCAUAUGCCACGAGGGUAGGAUUCAUCAUUCGUGUAAGCAAACUUUCCCGUUCAAGGCGUGAUGGAUCUCCCAUCGGAAGGGCCCUUGUUUGUAACAAAGAGGGUUUCAGAACGCCCGACAAGCGAGAAAAAAUCACGAGGCAAAGGGCAGAGACGAGGGUUGGAUGCAGGGCGAUGAUUUUGGUGAGGAAACUAAGUUCAGGUAAAUGGGUUGUCACAAAAUUUGUGAAGGAUCACACACAUCCUCUAACACCCGGAAAAGGUCGAAGGGAGUGUAUAUACGAUCAACACCCGAAUGAACAUCACAAAAUCCGAGAAUUAACACAGCAGCUAGCCAUUGAGAAAAAAAGAGCUGCAACAUAUAAAAGGCAUCUAGAAUUGAUCUUUGAGCAAAUCGAAGAGUACAACGAGAGUCUGUCAAAGAAAAUCCAACACGUAGUUGACAUUGUCCGGGAAUUUGAAAACAACGAGCAGCAGAGCCAUGUAUAGUUUGCAUGUAGCAUUUCGUUCAUUGUCAACAUAUAGGACCAAAACCAGGUAUAGAAAUACUAUGUCGGGCGCAUACACCGUUCAUAUGAUUCGAUUUGCAUAGGAAAAUCACAUCCGUAUACCGUUUUCGGUGUUCGUUUGAAUGCCAACCCAUGGGGUUCAUACCAAUCCAUUGGAAUGCCUUGUACAAUUCUGCUUCCAAAUUCGAACCACAUGAUUUGUAGGACUAGAGGACCAGUUGAUGUACAGCCUUUCGAGGCAAAGAUGUUCGGCAUCGAACCCCGGGUUUAGUCC